AUGGCCGCCAUCUCCAGCCCCACCUCAAACCCUAGCUUCAUCUCCCCCAUGCUGCAGCCCUACCUCGAACAGCAGCAGCAGCACCACCACGUCCAGCCGGACCCGCCGCCGGACGACGGAUCCCCCCACGACGACGUCAUGAUUUGGGACGAUCACCAGAGCCGCUGCAUCGGGGAGCUUUCCUUCAGGUCGGAAGUGCGCGGGGUCCGGUUGCGGAGGGAUCGGAUUAUUGUUGUCCUCGAGCAGAAGAUUUUCGUCUACAAUUUCGCGGAUUUGAAGCUGCUGCAUCAGAUCGAGACGAUUAUGAACCCCAAGGGGCUCUGUGCUGUUUCUCAGGUUGCGGGUUCGUUUGUGUUGGUCUGCCCGGGGCUGCAGAAGGGGCAGGUCAGGGUGGAGCAUUACGCUUCGAAGAGGACUAAAUUCAUCAUGGCUCAUGAUUCCAGGAUUGCGUGCUUUACGCUCUCUCAAGAUGGGAACUUUCUGGCUACGGCUAGCAGUAAGGGAACAUUGGUUCGGAUAUAUAAUACACAUGAUGGGAGUUUACUGCAGGAGGUACGGAGGGGUGCAGACAGGGCAGAAAUUUAUAGUCUGGCAUUUUCACCCACAGCUCAGUGGCUGGCAGUCUCAAGUGAUAAGGGCACGGUUCAUGUUUUUGGCCUUAAGGUUAACACUGGGAAUCCUGGAAGCGAAAGGUCGAAUAGCCCUGAACCAAAUCCUUCUGUUGGGACUUCAAGUUCUUCCUUGUCUUUCAUUAAAGGAGUGCUGCCCAAGUACUUCAGCUCAGAGUGGUCUGUGGCCCAGUUUCGUUUACCUGAAGGAUCACAGUAUAUUGUUGCUUUUGGGCACCAGAAGAAUACAGUGGUAAUUCUCGGCUUGGAUGGAAGGUUAUUUCUACAGAUGCAAAUUCGACCAGGCAACUGGUGGGGAGAUGAUUCAAUUGGAGUAUCACAAUUUUCUGAAUCCGGAAGAAUCUUUCUAGCAUCGCAAGGUCGAUUCGCGAGGAUGUAAUGCAUUGUCUCAUCUCAUCUGUGUUUUUUCCUGCUAAUUUCUGGGUACCACACUAAUGUAAAUAUCCAAUGUAAAUGUAUGUAACCAAGGGUUUGAAACCCGGUGAUGUGUAAGGAGUCUUGAAGUUGAGAAAAGAAGCUGCCUGUAAGAUUUGUUUAUCUGCAUGAUUUACCCUCUGCUUAAUUUGUGCUUUGAUUUUUUUUUUUUUUCUUUUUCUU